UUAAAUAUACAAAAAAUAUGUAAAACAGAAAUCCAACUUCUAAAAUUUCAAAUAAAUUAAGAAAAAAAUGGUAUCCAUGGACCAUGGCCAAACCAAGUAUUCCUAGGAAAAAGGUCACAUAAAGGAAACCCUAUGGAAUGAGAGGAAAGAUCACUCCAGCUAACAGAGCAUAAAGACGAGAGAAAAAGACAUAGCAAAAGUUGAAAAGUAGCACAAACAGCAGCACAUCUUUACGUAUCUCACGUUAAGUUUGGUAAAUGAUAGCCCCCUCUAUUCAAUUCAAGUAUCUUAGUUUGAUUGGGCAAGGAGCUUUAAUAUACAAAGGUAUUUUUGAAUCUUGUGAUAUACAAAGUUGUAGUCUUAAACUUGUGUUGGCUAUUGGAAUUGGAAAAUUUACUAAAUAUAAAAAGAUAUUCUUUUUUUUUAUUACGGAUCAAAAAAGACACCUAAAUUGGGAGUGAGUGAGUAGUUGUAUACAAGUACAACUACUCUAUUACUAGUGGACUUAGAUUUUGUUGGAAUUUGUGGAGUAAUUUGAAAUGGAAGAGCGUAUGAAGAAGUAUACGCAGCUUAGUCCAGAGAGAGCCAAAGUGUGGACUGAGAAACCACCAAAAUAUCAGCAACAGCAGCAGCCCAAGCAAAAUGAUGGAAAAGUGCCAGUGGUAUACUAUCUUUGUAGAAAUCAACAACUUGAGCAUCCUCAUUUCAUGGAAGUAUCCAUAUCUUCCCCUGAUGGCCUAUACCUGAGAGAUGUAAUCAAGAGAUUUAACGUUUUGAGAGGCAAGGGAAUGGCUUCGUCAUACUCUUGGUCCUGCAAGAGAAGCUACAAGAAUAGAUUUGUGUGGCAUGAUCUUUGUGAAGAUGAUCUAAUUCUUCCUGCUCAUGGUACUGAAUACGUUCUAAAAGGCUCGGAGCUUUGUGAAGAAUCCAAUUCAGGUCGCUCCAGUCCCGCGAGAAAUGAUAGAUUGUCAAAUCCAAAAGUAUUACCAGAACCUCGAUCCUCUGGAAGACAAGUUGAUUGCUCUCCUCUGUCUAGCAUGAAUGAAAGAUAUGCAAAGAAUUCAUGUGAUGGUGAACAGACACUUCUUUCUGAAAAGGCAAACAGCUCUAAUACGUGUGAUGGCCUGGCUGAUGCUUCCGCUGAGAUUCAUGAAAAGGCAAACACUGCUAAUAUACCUCAUGAUACUUGUAGAAGAGGCAUUUCAACAGAUCAUAGGUCUUCAGAGGUUGAAAAUAAAGAAAUAAAUCAGGUUCAGGUUUCCCGGACGAAUGAGUCAGCAGGGAUAUGCGUGGGGUCAGACCCACAUCCACCAGAUACCUUGAUAUCUCUCAUCAGAUCAGAUGUUAGCAAGCUCAGUAGCUUCAGGAAACUUGAUAAUGAGGAAUGUCACAUUCCAUCUACAAAGCUAAAGCCUCAUAAUAUGCUUAUGCAACUAAUUUCUUGUGGAUCAAUUUCAGUAAAGGAUAAUAGAUUUGGCCUUAUAGAUACGUACAAACCAAGAUUAAAUUUAGGAAAGUUUGAUUGCAUUACAAGUAAUAAGAGUUUAAUGGGUCUGAAUUUGGAAGACGAGGAAUAUUUCUGUGCAAGCUGGACGGAGUCUACUAUCCCCAAGGAAAAGAAAUCAUCCUUCGUCACUGCUGAGAGGACAAACAUGAAGACUGGAGAUUCAGUUCAAAGUAAAAGGUGGCCAAGUUCUAGAUGCUCAAAGUGCAUUCGACAUUACACCACCAAUGCUUCCCUCAAUAAUGUGCCAAAGAAUUAGUCAUGGAGAUGAUCCCGUCUUUAUGAAGGGCUAAGCAUCUCAAUUGAAGGAGUAGACAGUUCGCGAAUCAUAAACCCUUCCUCGGGAAAGAAACAGUCCACGAGAAUAGAUUCUUACAGAAUAAGAAAGAAAAUGUGAUUAAAAUUGAAGAAGGUCAAGUUCACUAAUUUCCAGGAUUGCUUCUGAGCUCAGAUUAUAAUAUUGAAAAGCUCUUCUAUUAUUUCAAUUAAGAAACAGUUUUGAAAGGAAUUUGUGGUGUGUUUUGAUCUGGAUUCCAUAUAACAGCAAGAGAAAAACUUCUGAUUCUUUACUCACAUCUGGUGCUUAUGCCAAAGCAAUAAAUUAUUGAUGCCGGAACGUCAGGGGUCUAUAGGCGAGGUUAGCAAUACCACUAUGACACGAUAGCCAAGAAGGAGGCCAUUGAGUUCUUAUCAAACACUUGUUCUUAUUAUAUAUACUCAAUAAUUUCAAUUAUACCUUAUUGAUUUUUGUACUAGUUGUACUAUUUUAGUUAUCACCUAUGUAUGUAAUAGUAGUUUUUUUCUUUGUUCUAUCUUUAGCUAAACCUACAAUGAUACCCAAUAUUUGUAUGUUGUUCGAGACUGCCUGUAAGGACAUACGAUUAAAAAUAAUUUGAAUAACCAAGUUUGAAAAU